AGUGCUAAAAAUCCUGCAACCUAUUUCUUUACAAGUACAACUCCACUUCAUUCAUGGCUUUUAAUGCAGCAAGCUGUUUUACAGCUGCAGGGGAUGUUUUAGGACAAGAAGCCAGAGCCCUUUGUGCCUUCACCAUCCAGAGCUCUGGAGCUCUGUGCUGACAGGAGGGACCAGGGUUUUGUCACUCAGCCUGGGAGCAGUGCUAGCACAAGGUGUGAGAGGAUUUGGAUCACUCAGGAGUUAUCCCAGGACAAGCAGCUUUUGCUCAGCUCCCUUCCAAAUUAAGGGAGUAAUCAAAAUGUCCCCAAAUUCCCCAUUUGCAUGGAUGUGUGGGCACUUUUAUGGUGUCACCAGUGCUCAGGUGUCCCUUUGGGGGGUGGCUGGGUGUGUGGCCGUGGGACAGAGGGGACUGUGACACAUGUGGGCAGCAGCUGUGACCCCUUUGGUGUGCCCAGACCACAGAGCAGCAUCCUUGGGGACAGCCACUCCUCCAUUAGGGACAGUGCCACCUCCAGCCAGGCUGGGCAAUCCUGGCACCUUCUGCUCCUCAGAUCCCUCCCAUUCUGUCCGUGCCCAGCAUGCCAGCAGAGAUGAAGCCUCCCUCUGGUGCCACACCAGCCAGGCCUCUCUCCUUUGUGACACCAGCCCAGAAUUCCGCAUGACAACGGAAUGUCCCCAGGCCAGCGCACAGCCCCUGCCAGAAUCCCCAAAGCCAGGGUGGAUACCAUCCAGCUCCUCGUGGAAGUGUUCUGGAGACAUUCAUCUCCUGUCAGGACCAAACAGAGAAGUAUCACCGGGAUUUCGAGCAGCACCGAUGUCGGCACCAGCGUUCCCGUGCCCAGCGCGCAGCCUGUCCCUGCCGGAAUGCACGCCCUACCACACCUCCAGGGACAUCCGCUACAUCUUCCUGGAGAGCUGCAGGAACAUCCCUGCGUCCCAGCACCCCCUGGACGGGGCGGGAGCCAGCAGCGUCCCCCCCGGCCCCGCGCCCUGCCACCCUACAGCCCAGCACUACCUCAGCACAGAUGAAGACUGCGAUUCCUCUCUUCCUCAGCAGCUCCUCGCCUUCUCCACGCGCCUGCGGGCGGAGGCCAUGGAUGUGAGAGGCUCCCCCGACGGCAAGAAGAGGCUGCCGGUGUUCCGCCGGCUCUGCGGGGAGGCCGUGGAGGAGCUGAAGAAGUUUCCUGAUGCCCAAGCGGCGCCGGGCAGCGCCAAAGGCUGGAGGAUCCCGCUGGCCGGCGGCCGCGCGCCCGGCCUGCAGCAAGGCAUGAACUGACUCUGAGAUAAUGUCUGCGAAAAAUAUAAUAUUGAUGGUGUCCUUC